AUGCAGCUGCGAUGGACGUCACAUUCAUCACAAUACACGGCAAGUUGUACCCGCCCUGCUGAUGCUGCUGCUACCACCGAUGUGGGCUCUACGCAGAGUGGACGAGAGCAGUCACGAGAAUUUCUCCGUCAUCCCGAAGCUAAUACCCCUGCUCGUGCAGAUUUGUCUCGUGACGCCUCGAUUCUGUAUGCGUCAGACAGCAUCCAGGUCGUACUCGGGUACCAGCCACCUGAGGUACUCAACCGCUCGUGUUGGGACUACUUCCAACCGCAGGAGCUGCAAUUCGCCCGCAGUGUACAUGGCCGCGGUGUUAGGCUUGAUAAGGCCGCUGUUCUGAAUUAUUGCUCCAUUCGCCACAAGAAUGGGUCGUGGGUUGGGUGUGAGUGUGUCUUUACUGUGGUUUACAAUGUUUUGAUCGCUAGUACUACGGUGUACGGUCGUGGGAGAGGUAGUCAAAAGCGUGCCAUCGAUGCCCCCAUUGUUCGCCAGCUCUUCGACUCCUCUCCCAAUGACCCCCGCUACCACAUGCUUACAUUCAUAUCGGACAAAUUCUCGAGACGGCUUGCAGAGCCUCUCCAUGAGCCACGUGCGGCACUUUUUGUCAAUCGAUUUACCAGAACAGCGACUAUAAUGUACGCCACAAGUGGCGUGACAGAGAUUCUCGGGCUCAGCCCGCGCCAGCUCAUCUCCAAAAGCUUCUUCUACUGUAUACAGGAGCGAUGCUUACGAGAUGCCGUGAGGUGUCUUGAAAGUGCCAAGGCAAACGAUUCCAUCGCGUACUUGCGGUUUUGGUUUCGCAAUCCGUUGCGGGAAGAGGAUGUAGAUAUGGAUAUGGGUGGAUUCAGCAGCCCGGCUUUUGGUAUCGCGACAGGUUCAUACGCUAGAGUGCCGCCUCCUAUUGAGCUGGAAGCGGUCGUCUCGUGUACAUCGGAUGGACUGGUUGUCAUUCUUCGUCGAGCUCGAGCUCCCAUUCCCAGUGCCACCCUUCCACCUCAACCGGUCCCAAUCUACUCCAACGGCAUUUUUGCAGCACCGUGGGCACUUGAGCCUGUCUAUGCAUACGGCACAGCGACGUAUCCCCUUGAUAGCUUCUCCAAUCCGGCAUAUCCAGAGAACAAAUCUAGCCUUUGCAAGGAGAAUGAGAUUCCUUCACAUGCUCCGGCUCCCACGCCAGCAUCGAGUUCACAGAGCUCAUCGAGCCCUCCUUACCCGGGUGCAUCGAGAGCCGCUACGUCCAAUGGCCCCCAGGAAAAUCUCCUCAUGAAUACGAUUCGAGAUGUGGCUGUUUUUGCAUGGGGUAUCAUUGGUAUCAAUCGUUCUCUGGAGCAGCAUAAGUAUGGAUCUCCAUCGGGCAAUGCGCAUCCGGAUGCGACGGUGGAUGAUACUCGGGAUAAUGAUGCUGCGGCUGGCCGUGGCUAG